AUGCUUCAUCACCAACGCCUACGCUCUGCGAUCUCCUUCGCGUUGCUUUCAACAUCUCAAGUUUCUGCUAUUGCUUAUCCCACUUCAUCCGCCAUACCGUUCUCCCCUGGAUUCAAUGUCACUGCGGUGUUGGAAUAUGCAAUCUCUCUGCCGUCACACUCUUGGGAAUAUGGGACUGCCACCCAAGCUCUCCUCGAACUCUUCGACGCGCCCCACUCCGUCUUCGGUGCAAACCCCUUCCCAGUCCCGAAGCUAGAUCCUAAAAAUACUCCCGCUCUGGCGUACGCCAAGGAAAAGAUUGUUAUUGGUCCUCCUCCGAACGGUCUAAGCGAUGGAGACGGUGCUGUGGGUGAUCCAGCUAGUUUAGGUGUCAGCGCUGUACUCCUUGGGAAGACAGAUCCAUCCUACGCAACUGCAGCAAAGUUACAAGCCGAAUACGUUAUCUAUGACGCACCAAGAUGGCACAACGGAGCGAUUUCGCAUCGUGCUGACCACCCCGAAAUUUGGGCCGAUUUUGUCUACAUGGCGCCUCCUUUCCUUGCGUACUAUGGGGUUGCAACAAAUAACGUAACGAUACUCCAAGAGGCCGUUACCCAAUGCCUACUCUAUGCUGAAGGUCUUCGAGCAAACACGACUACAGAUCCGGCCACUCCUCCAGCCUCUCAUCCAGUUUCUGCUCAAGGCCUUUGGACGCAUAUUCUUGGGUAUUGGUGGGCCGAUGCUGGAUUGUGGUCCUCUGGAAAUGCUUGGGCAGCCGCCGGCAUCAUGCGUGUUCUUGCCACCGUCAUUAAGGCCCCUCCAUCACUCUUCGCGGGCAAAAACGGACUCCCAGAUGCAUCCUGGAGACAACGGGCCAUAAGCUCAUUGGUAGCCGAAAUUCGCACCAUCUUGGACGGCGCCAUGAGAAUGGAGAACGAGAACAGCCUUCUACGGAACUAUCUCGACGAUCCAACUUGGUUUGGGGAGGUGUCAGGAAGCUCCCUGCUGGCGAGCGUUGCGUAUCGUCUUACCACUUUUUCCAAGUCUUACGGAUCUGCUGCACUGCCCAAUUCUGUCUCUACUCGUUAUAUUGACUGGGCAGAGAAAAUUCGAGUAACUUUGGGAAGUAACGGACACAUUACGAGCGCUGGUAUUGCGACUCCAGCUGUCAACCCUCUUGACUGGAACGACCGGAACCACUUCACUACUGGAAGCCCAGAAGGCAACAAUUUCGUUAUUUUGUUGUACACGGCGUGGAGAGAUUGUGUUAAAGCUGGGAUUAAAGGUUGCAAAGUCUAA